AUGAUAGUGCAUCCGCUCGACGCGUCGUGGGAAAACAAUCCGUCAUCAAACACCACAUCCCCUAUUCUCCCACGCUUUGUCUACACCCUCGACCAAAGUGGUUUUGUUAAAAAAUCCACCGAAGCAGAAGCUUCUCCCCAACCACCUCUCCCCGAAAUCGACAGCGACGAUGAGCGCCUCAACGAAAUCACCUGGAACGCAGACCAGGUGCGCACACGUAUCCGCAACUUCAUCGACUCAGGGGAGAUGAAGAUCGGGGAGUUCCAAGACGCCAUCAACGUGUCGUCGCGCUCGUAUCUCGACUUCACGCGCCAAUCCGGUCGCGAUAAGGGCAUCCACUCCGCCACCUACGACAACGCCCACCGCUUCUUCAAGAAGCGCGAACUCCAGGGCCUGAAGCCCCCGCGCAAGAAGCGCGCCACAGCGUCCUCGUCUGCUGGUGCCGGCGCGACAGCCGGAAAGCCCGACCCCGCGCGAUUCGACGUCUCCGGGGUCAAGCUGCCCGGGGACGAGGACGGGACUGUGCCCGUGUAUGACACGUGCGAUUCGCUGCGCAAGAAGAUCGCGGCGCAUUUGCAGGAGCCGGGGGUGACGCAGGCGCAGUUCCUGCGAGAUGCGGCGGCGGCGGCGUUCCCGGGGCAGGAGAAGAAGUUGUCGUCGAAGACGCUGGGGGAUUUUAGGCAGAAGCAUGGGGCGAAUGCCGGGGCGACGUCGGCGAUCUUCUACGCGGGUUAUGUGUUCUUCGAGAAGCUGAGGGUGAGGGAUGGGAAGGCGAAGUCGAAGUUUCGCGAGGAGAUGGAGAAGGUGUGGGGUGGAGAGGGCAUGAGUCGGGAUUUUGGGUCGAAUGCGAAGUUCUUGUGUCUGGGCGAUGAAAGACCGUUUGUGGAUCGGUUUGGGCAGGUGGACGUGAGGUGAGAUUGAGUAGUGUAUAGUUC